GAAACGCAGCAGACGUCUGGGACUGGUUUUUCGCUAUUAUCUCGUCCCUCUCGCAUCGCACGACAAGCUACUCAAAUCGGGCACCGCCAUGGCUGGAGGAGGUAAGAGAAGACCCAGCAAUAACAACAGAAGCAACAAAAAUGACAGUGGAAAUAACAGCAAAAACAAGAGCAGAAGGAGAUCAACCGGAGUAUCGUCUUCAUCAUCUUCUGGUCGAAUCAGAAGUAGAAACUCUCUCUUUGUGGAGGGUGGUGUCUUGUCUGAUUGGCCUCUCAGCUCUUCCUGCCCCUCAUCCUUUCCAGGAAGGAACUCAAAUACGAAUUCCAAGUCUGGCUCAAAAGCAAAAACAGUUUCUGCUUCUAAAAUUGGACACCGCAAAUCUAAUGGGAAUGCAUUUGGUUAUAAUUACCCUUCUCUUGAGCUUCAGGAGCGUUUGCUCAAAGAAUCAUCUAUUGGAGGCAAUGACCAAGAUAAUGAUUUGGAUGCCCUACAGCCCAUCACUUUAGUUGAUUCCAAGGACACUCAGAUAGUUGCAUAUUUAGAUGAAACACCAUCUUUGAAGGCCUCUAAUGCAGAUUUCACUUAUGAUUACAAUUCAAGUUUUGUGCUUGGUGAUAGUUCACAUAGAGGAUUGGGGUUCUUUGAUGAAUGUGAGACAACUCCAGGUGCUGUUGGUACAUCAUCAAAGCAAAUGGAAGAAGAAGGCCAAGAAGGAGAGUGUUUUGAUUCUUCAUUAUCUGAGAAAGAAAUGGAUGCUGAGGAGCCUGUUAAUUAUGAGAUUGGUAAAGAAAUGGCUGAAGAAGGACCAAUUGAGGCUCCAAAGAAAAAUUCAGGAUUUUUGUCAAUUGGAGGCAUGAAAUUAUAUACCCAGGAUAUAUCUGAUGGGGAAAGUGACGGAGAGUUACAGGAUGAUGAAAAUUCUGAAUCUUCUGAACUAGGGGAACCAAGUGAACUCUCCGAAAGUGAUGUCUCAGAGGAUGAGUCAGACAGUGGUUCUGACAUUGAUGAAGAGGUUGCAGAAGACUACUUAGAGGGAAUUGGUGGGAGCGACAACAUUUUAGAUUCCAAAUUUUUGGUUGAAGACUAUUUAGAUGACUCAAACGAGGACAGUUCAUCAUCUGGUGAUUGUUUUGACGAGGCUCUAGAGAAGCUGAGCGGGAUUGCACUCCAGGAUGCAUCAAUGGAAUAUGGUAUGAAGAAGUCACAGUCAAGAAAGAAACACACUGUAGGUGCUAGAGAUGCUCAGCCAUCAGCUUUAGAUGAUCUUAUGCUUGUAAAAGAUCCAAGAACUCUUUCUGCCAGAAAAAAACAUAUUGCUCGGUUGCCUCAGUCUUGGCCUUCAAGUGCUCAAAAGAGUAAAAAUUCUAGAAGUUUUCCAGGUGAGAAAAAGAAGCACCGUAAAGAGAUGAUUGCACUGCGAAGAGCACAAAGAGCGCUGCAAAGAGGGGUGGAUUUUGAGAAAAUAAAUAUGAAACUGGAGCAGAUUGUUUUGGAUGAAGUGGACAUGUUUGCUUUUCAACCUAUGCACUCCCGAGAUUGUUCCCAGGUACAACGGUUAGCAGCAAUAUACCGUUUGCGUAGUGGUUGCCAAGGCUCGGGUAAGAAAAGAUUUGUGACAGUGACACGGACUCAACACACAAGUAUGCCAUCCGCAAGUGAUAAACUCCGUUUAGAGAAGUUGAUAGGAGCUGGAAAUGAGGAUGCUGAUUUCUCUGUUACUGAAGGCUCAAGAACAAAACCAGCAAGUGCAGAUAGAAAUAGGAGCAAGUCAUCAAGAAAGUUAGCCAACCGCCAGAACAGUGGUGCAUCAAAGAGACAGGGUGGGAGAAAGACUUUAUAUGCCAGUCAACCAGUGUCAUUUGUAUCGAAAGGCAUAAUGUCUGAAAUGGUUGAUACUAUGACAAAGGACUCUGAAGAGGCUGAAACUUCUGAAAAUAAGGUUACAAUUAUUUCAGCUAAGGUCGGUUCAUUUGAGGUACAUACAAAGGGUUUUGGAUCCAAGAUGAUGGCAAAAAUGGGAUAUGUGGAAGGUGGAGGAUUGGGAAAGGAUGGUCAAGGUAUGGCGGAGCCCAUUGAAGUGAUCCAACGGCCUAAAUCACUUGGGCUGGGUGCCAACAUCUCUAACCCUACUGAUGACUCCAUGGAGAAUAAACCUCAAACCAUUGAAAGGUUUGAAAAGCAUGCAAAACCUCGAAACCUGGGAGCUUUUGAAAAACAUACCAAAGGUUUUGGCUCCAAGAUGAUGGCAAGAAUGGGCUUUGUUGAAGGCAUGGGUUUGGGAAAACAUUCUCAAGGCAUCAUCAACCCUUUAGUUGCUGCUAGGCUCCCAAAAUCACGAGGAUUGGGUGCCAAAGGUUAAGUGUUUCCUCUUUACUCUUUUUUUUAUUUCUUCUUUUCUCUGAAAAGAAAAGAUAUCACAAUGUAAAUUGUUUAGAUUGAACAUUUUCAAUGGUACUUGCCAUGCCUAUUUAUUCAUGCUUCUUUUUUAGUGUUAGUUAUACUUGUAUUCUCAAUGUUCAUAAAUGUAUCACAGAAUAAAAUGGAUGCUUUCUUCGCACUUCUUCUC